AUGGCAAAGGGCGAUAUCCAGACUGCUCCCGGCACCGGACUUGUCGGCAAGUUGACUCCUGACCAGAAGGUCCUCCUCAAGCAGAUGUGGGCCGAGAUCCUCCACAUCGCCGAUGGCAACACCGGUGCCCUCGAGACCGUCCCCGUCGCCGCUGCUCCUGCUGCUGGUGCUGACAAGGCCAAGAAGGGUGGUUGGUUCGGUGGCAAGGGUGCUGAGACUACCGCUGUUGCUGUCCCUGCCACCAAGGUCAACGUUGCUGAUAUUGGUAUUGACGUUAAGGAGCUCCGUACUGCCCUCUGGAACAACAUCCUCGGUGAUCACCCUGAUUCGUUGUUGCUCCGCUUCCUCCGUGCCCGCAAGUGGAACGUCACUAACGGAGUGACUAUGAUCUUGAAGGCCUUCAAGUGGCGUCUUGAGGACGAUAUCGAGGAGGUUAAGUCCAAGUCUGAGGACGAGCUCGAUGCCAAGUACCGCGGCUUCCGUCUCCAGAUGGAGAUGGGCAAGUCCUUUGUCCACGGCACUGACAAGUUGGGCCGCCCCGUCGUUUACAUUAAUGUCCGCAUGCACAAGCCUUCAGAGCAGGACCCCAAGGCCCUCGAGAAGUUCACCAUCUACGUUAUGGAGGUUGGUCGCCUGAUGAUCCAGCCCCCCGUCGAGACCGCCUGCCUCGUCUUUGACAUGACCGGUUUCUCCCUCGCCAACAUGGACUACAACUUCGUCAAGUUCUUGGUGCAGUGCUUCGAGGCCUACUACCCCGAAUCGCUCGGAGUGCUUGUCAUCCACAAGGCCCCCUUCGUCUUCUGGGGCGUCUGGAAGAUCAUUGAGGGCUGGUUGGACCCCGUUGUCGCCUCCAAGAUCAAAUUCACCCGUAAUGACAAGGAACUCACUGAAGUCAUCGACGCCAACCACCUCCCCAACAAGUACGACGGCGGCAAGGACAAGUUCACCUACAAAUACACCCCCGUUGUUUCUGGAGAGAACGAUCGCUUCAAGGAUGUCGAGACCAAGACCCGUCUCCUUGACGAGUGGAAGGGUAUCCUCUGGAAGUUCGAGGCAGUCACCAAGGAGUGGAUCCAGGUUGGUGGAAAGAAUGCAAGUGGACGGUCCGAGGAUGAGAUCGAGGCUGAGCGUUUGUCGUUGGCCAAUGAGCUGAGGGUUGCUUACUUCAAGGUGGAUCCUUAUAUCCGUGCUCGUAACCUCUACCACCGUGGUGAGCAACCCGUCCUCCAGGCCGACGGUACCUCCGUCUGGACCUACAGCAACUAA